AAACUCGAGAAACCCGGGAGCUAUGACCACUACCCGUCAACUCCAAACCUGAACAGUAAUUACCUAUACGGAUCUUUACCAGAGACUUAUUGCGGUGACCCGAUGGCCGAGGCGCUCACCGUAAUAGAGGUCGCCCUCUGCAUCACCGAAGUGGUCGAACGCCUCUGCAAAUACGUUUCUGCAGUCAAGAACGCCAAAGAUGACAUCCGCAAGCUCACCCAGGAGCUCCUCGCCCUCAAAGGCGCAAUGGACCACUUCCACAUCCAAAAUGAACAGAGCCUAGACAACCCGCUGCAGGAACAGGCCCGUUCCAUGCUCAAGAUGACCCAGGAGACCCUCGACGCCAUACGAAAGAGGCUCGGCACGCCAAAGACCUCGUCCCUGGGCCGCGCCAUCCAGGGUCUGGCCUGGCCGUUCCGGCAGGACGACAUUGAGACGUACUUUGCCACCGUUGAGAGGGCCAAGACGUGGUUCAUAAUGGUCCUCAUGCGGGACUCGCUCGACACCACUACCUGUGUUUUCACUGAGAUGCAGAAGCUAGCGGCGCUUGUGCAUGAGGACAUUGUCGCGCGGAGGACGGAUCGGAUGCUGGAAGAAACGGCCGAUUUGUUAAAAUGGUUAUCACCUGUCGACAGCGAGGACAAACUUGUCAGUUCCAGGCAUGAUCGCGCGCCUGGCACGGGCAAAUGGAUAUUCGAUGUUUAUUUCUUGGACUGGAAAAGGGGCAGUCCGACGGAGUGCCCUAUAUUUUGGAUCACGGGACGGUCGGGAUCUGGUAAGACGGUGCUCUUCUCACAACUCGUCGAGGAGCUCCGGACGCAACCCAACGCCAAAAUGCUGGAAAAAAGCAGUAAUGUCGGCGUCGGCUUCCACUGCUGCUCACUAGACGAUGCGGCGUCGCAAGCCGUCCCAAAUGUCUUUGGCUCCAUCUUAGCCCAGAUAGGAGCGACGAACCCCAGCCUCCUCGACCAUGUCCGGCCGCUAAGGAAGUCUGGAAAUUCUCUGAUCCCGCAAAAUAAUUUGUCCGUCGAGCAGAUUUAUGACAUGAUGGGAGAAGCUCUCGAGCUUUUUGACGUCUUUUAUCUCAUGAUUGAUGCUCUCAAUGAGACAUGCCACGAAUCUGUCAUUGUCAAGGCUCUUUUGCACCUCUGCUCGAGGCACCCCAAUCUUCGGGUACUGGUUACGUGUACGCGAGAGCCGGCACAGCCUGUUCCCAGUAUCUAUGUCAGACAUAUGAGCACACGAUUCAUAGAUCUUGAUAUCGAGGUGUACGUGGAGAAAAGGCUCUCGACCGAACACAGUUUCCAGUCGCUGAGCACCACAAUCCGAGCUGAGAUCAAGGACAAGGUUAUAUCAGAAGCGGAUGGGACAUUUCGAUGGGCCAAAUUGUGCAUGGAUAGGCUUAGCUCUCUUCGUACUGGAAGAGAUGUGCGGCGCGCACUGGUCGAUAUCCCGUCCACACUGAACGGAUUCUACGCCGGUAUCCUCACUCGCGUACCGCAACAAGACCGGACGAUUGCUCGCAAGGCUCUUGCGUGGCUUUGCUUCUCUCUCCGUCCCCUUCGUCUCGACGAGCUCGCCGAGGCCGUUGUCCUCGAGGAUGAAGACGUUGACAUCGACGACGACAGCCGACUCACCGACCACUCUAUCAUUCUCGAAAUCUGUCAGGAUCUGGCCCACGCAAGCGACCAUUUCGUCACUCUUGCCCACGACUCCAUCCGCACUUUCCUACAAUCGGAAUGGAUACGGUCCUCUGCUGCCUCAGAAUACGCGCUCGACGCCGCUGCCUGUCAUCAAAGAAUCAUGCACAAGUGUCUCACCUAUCUCAAACUCGAGCCAUUCAUGUCAGGACCCGUGGAUAAGAUACGGCACGUCGACGCCAGGUUCGCAGCAUACCCGCUGCUCGACUACGCCACGAACAUGUGGCCCAUCCACUCCGAGCGCUUCCCCCUCUCAGACGGAGACGAGAAGCUCAUUCUCGACUUCUUCGACACCAAGAAGCUCUUGCACGGCGGCCCUUUUGAGGCGUGGGUGCAGUUCCUCCUACACUCGGCGGACCUGGACGUCAUCCGGGACACAGAGCCGCUCUACUACGCUGCGUCGUUUGACAUGACGUCCAUCCUGCAAUUGAUACUGAGGCCAGAGUACAAAGUUGACCUUGAUAAGAGAGGCGGACGGUUCUCUUCGCCUCCACUGUUCGUGGCGAUCUGGAGAGGAAAUAUCGAGGCUGCCAAGUUGCUGGUUAGGGCCGGGGCGGAUUCGGACAUGCGUGAUACGAGCGGGCAGACUAGUCGGAGUCUUGCCAAGGCCCGGAAGCACAGCGAGGUUGUCGAGCUUAUGGAUGAGAUGACUCUGAUUCAGACAAAAAAGCCGGCGACCCGGCCAGCGAAUGGGAACUCAGGUGCAAGCAAUGAGUGGGCAGAGGACUAUGCUCUCGCCCAAGCUAAACUGAGAAGCUUUCGGGAUGGGAGGCACUGA